GGUGGGAUGCAGAGGGUGGUAGCGUAAACUGUCCCGCAGUCACCAGUGAAGUAAGUUGCUGGGGGCUCUUCAAAUGAGGUUUUCAGUUUUAAAGCAUGGAAGUCGACCGUGGAACUACAUGUCCCAUAACGCUUUGCCUCCAAGUUGACCAAAUACUUUACACACGGACGCAGCGCCGCUUUGACAGCCUGUGACAGCCAAGUCCAGAGGGAAAGUUAAUGUCAAGUUUGCCUACGACGACCUUGGAGACCUUGAUUAAAAAGCAAAUACAUCUAAUGUCUGGCGGACGUGUAUUGGAGAGACGAAUUGCACGUAUGCCUUCGUGUUGAGUGGUGUUUACAACACAUGGAGGAGGACACGGCUGAUUCAGCUACCUCACCGUACCUCACACUCUACUUCAUCAUCAGGAUACAUACAAACUGCGCUCUCGGAUGUCCAGUCAGCCUGCUGGUUCUCCCUGAUCCACCAGGGGGCCUCAGGCCCUCACAGGGAUCUGCUCUGAUUCGUCCCCGUUCACCCUGAACACCUCAACCUCAGUCAAGCUGUCCCACCAUUCUCCCUCUCCUCCCCUCUCUCCUUCUCCUCCGCCUCUCUUCUCCUGGCCUCCACUGUCCCCCCUAGAGCCCCUGCCGGACCUCUCCGUCUAUGGGGGGCAGGGGCAGGCGUCUGGGGGCCUCGGCGGGGAGACCCUGCCCCUCUGUGGAGACCGUAACAUGGAGUGGGACCCCCUGGAGAGAGUGGACCAGGGAAGCCACGAUGUGUCCACCCUCACUGACCUCUGUUCAGGUGGAGACAGCGAGGUGGAGAUAGUGAGCCUGCUGUCUGAAGGGCUGCCUAACUACACUCUGCGGGCGGACUGCAUGUUUGGCUACGACCACGACGACUGGCUGCACACCCCUUUACUGCCACCAGAGGCCGCCCUGGGACUCACACACGACCAGAUAGAAGAGACGUUCAAGUACUUCUUGCUGUGUUCAGAAAGAGUGGGCCAGGUCACCAAAACGUAUCAUGACAUCGAGGCUGUUACCCACCUGCUGGAAGAGAAAGAGCGAGACCUUGAGUUGGCCGCCCGGAUUGGCCAGUCGCUGCUCAAGCAGAACCGCGAGCUAACAGCACGUAAUGAGUUGUUGGACGAACAGCUGGAGAUUGCUAAGGAAGAGAUAGCCCAGCUGCGUCAUGAGCUCUCCAUGAGAGACGACCUGCUCCACUUGUACGCCAGCUCAGAGGAGAUUGAGAAUGCCUCCGAGUCAAACUCGUCAAUGAAGAGGAACGAGUCGUCGAACUCCCUCAGUAACUUUGUCCACUAUGACUUCAUACACCAGAAACUCAAAGGUCUAGAGGAGGAGAACCUCAAACUUCGCUGUGUGGCCAAUGACCUGACCUCAGAAACCACAAACUAUGAGGAACAAGAGCAGGAGCUGAUGAUGGUCUGUGUGGAGGAACUCUCCUCUGUGAAUAAGCGGGUGGCAGACCUGUCUGAUGAGUUGGCCAAGAAGGUGGAGGACUCGCUCAGACAGCAGGAGGAGAUAAGCUCCCUGCUCGGACAGAUCGUUGACCUGCAGGCACGCUGCAAAGGACUCACCGCAGACAAUGAGGAGCUAGCCCAGCACCUGAGCGCCUCGCGGGAGAGCCAAUCACAGCUCAGAGCAGAGCUGAAGGACCUGCAGGACAAGUACUCUGAGAGCGAGGACAUGCUACAGGAAGCCAGAGAGGACAUAAAGAACCUGCGGAACAAGAGCCUUCCCAACAGCACGGUGCAACGCUACAGUGCCCUGUCGGCCGUGUUCCCCAUGGACUCCCUGGCAGCCGAGAUAGAGGGCACCUUCCGGAAGGGCCUGGACAGCCCCGCCCCCUCAGAGUACAAGAAUCACCCGUGGCGCGUGUUUGAGACGGUUAAGGUGGCUAACAAGUCGGUGAGGCUACGUUCGCGGUGCCCCUCGCCAGGCCCGGUGCCCGGUUCCAGCCCCGGGUCGCUGCGCUCCAGCCGUACCUCCACGCCCCGCACCAGCUACUACGGCUCGGACAGCGCCAGCCUCACCUUAGAGGACAAAGCAGCGAGUGGCGCGUCGAGGUUGGGAGACGUGGCAAACCCAGAGGACAACAACAGAGGGACUGGUCCGAAACGUCUGGGCCAACCGGGCAUGCCAGGAGGUCAGGACCUCGAAGCAGCCCUCCGUUGCUUAUCGGACCGCCAGCGGAGCCACGCGUCGGAGCGGCCCUUCUUCGAGGUGGAGCGCGAACGCAAACUCCGCGCCCUGGCCGUCGCCAGCCAGGGGAACAGUGAUGAGGGCGAGGAGGGCGGGGAGCUGAGCUCCAGCGGCUUCCUGACGCCCAACGACAGCUUGGCGUCCGGCUCGAUGGGGUCGACGGGGACAAACUACUCCAACGGCAGCUCGGUGCACUCCUCAGCUGGUUCGGGGGGCUCGCGCUCCUACCUGCCCGAUCGCCUGCAGAUCGUCAAGCCCCUGGAAGGCUCCGUCACCCUACACCACUGGCAGCAGCUGGCCAAGCCCAACCUGGGAGGGAUACUGCACCCGCGCCCGGGCGUCCUCACCAAAGACUUCCGGGAGCUGGAGAUCGACAUGCAACACGUGUACAGCCUCAACGACCUGGAGGAGGACGAACCCGACCUGUCCCAGUUCUCUGCCGGCCUGGCCGCCGGAGCCCGCGGCCCAAUGGUCACUCCUCCAUCCUCCGGCCUCCAACUCCCCCAGACCCCUCCCACCCGCACUGUUUCCACAUGUCGGAGACACCACCCAUUCCUCCUGCUCCCAGUCUCCUCAAGCCUUUGCUCUUGCAACCUGUCCGCUCGUGGGAGCUGUGAGCAUCUGAGCGCCCCGCCGCCCCCCUCCUCCUCCCAGCAGCACUUUGGUCUGACCUUUGACACUUGCCAGGGCGGCCGCACCUCUACCGAGGCCUCCACCCCGGCACCUCCUCUAACACUGGGACUCCUGAAGCUGCUGAAAGAGCGGGGCAUCUCUGGCUCCACCCACCCUCACCCCCACCAGACCCCACCCCCGGCCCCGACGCGACCCGAGACGGAAGGGGAGGCGCGGGGUGGAGGUGGGGGCCCGGCCAAGAAGGAGGAAGGAGGGAGGAGGAACAUUUUCAGCUUCAACUUGAUGGAGAAGCUUCAGGGUCUGGGGCUGCAUAGAGUGGCGGCCCGCGGGGGAGCCAAUCCCAACAGAGAGGAGAAAGAUGCAGUCAGGCAAAACAGGCGUCAAGCCCGAGUCUGAGAAUUGCUAGGACAACACCUCCUCCUCCUUUCUCCUGGUUGUGCUACAGUACCGCCAUGUUGUGCUUCGGUGCCCACAGCAGUACAUUAAGAAAUGGAGCCUCCCAAGAACCAUAGAGCCAUAUUUUGAGUUUCUGUUGUGUUUAGUAGCGAACAGUCACUCUUGUUUUUGUAAUGGACUCAUUUAUAGUAGAUUCUAGGUCCCCACCACAAUGUGUGACAUUGUGUUCAUUCUCAGGAGAAUCACCUGAUCCCAGGACAGGCUGUCAAGAAACAGUUUUUUUUUAUAAGAGAAAAAGAUGAGAAACGUCACAAAGAAAAACAGGCGUUGCUUGUUAUACCUUUGUUUCGUGGUUGUCGCUGGUUUUACGAGGUAUGAAGGAAAGAACAGAACAUCUCAUGUUUUUGUUGUUGGAAGAACUGCAUAACGUUUUAAAAAAUGCAAUGUUUUUACCAUCAGAUACAAUUAUACUACGUUUUCAUUACUUUGGAAGAGAUACAAGGUAUCUUUAUUUAGAAAACCCGAGAUGCACUGGAUUUCGGCAUGUCCAUUUGCAUUAUUAGCUGCUAUUGCGAAACCACAUUCACUUUACUCCGGUAAAACCGCAAGCACUUCAAUCACUCCCCGUUAUAGAACGGCGAAUAGAUGAUCCACUGACUGAACAUACUGAAAGGUUGCUACGUGGUCGACCUUCACUGAGGUAUUAGCGAUGUGAUUAUUUAUGGCACCACAAAGCACCCGCACACCCCACCAGCCCCCAUCCAGUUGCAAGCCAUUGUAAAACGCUUUACUUGGAAAUGCGUUCAAUUACGCGAGUCGCUGUAAACUGCUGUGUUUAGUCAAUUCUACAAAAAGCUUUCAGGUCGUCUAUCGUGUUGUACGAAAGACAACCGCAAGAGAUUGUAGACAUUUUUUUCUUCUUUUUAUGUUUUAUCUGCUGUAUCUGUGUUGACGGAUAAACUCAUGAUUUUGGUGGACGUGUGUUACCGUGUCAUAGGGAGUAAUGACGAUGGCCUGUAUGAAGCAGUGUAGUCGGGCAUUCAAAGUGAAUUCCUCCAAAGUGAUUCUACUGAGGGGGUACCUUAUGAGAAAACAAAACAGAUGCAAGCGAAGUCAAUGGAAAAAAAGAACUGUACAAAAACCAAAUUAGCGUUGACUGCAUGCUUUUUUUUUAGAUGCUUUUUCGGCUGUUUGGACAAUCAAAUGUAGAUAAACGGCAUAGGAUACUGCGGAUCAAAAGGGAAGACGGUAGCAAGUGAUGAUCAUUUAUAGUCAUAGGUAAAUCAACUAAACAGCAGUAUCACCGAUGUUGAAAUGAACUACUGUUUUCUGAAUCCAUGUUAAUCACUGAGUUGUAUAUGGGUGUGAAUGCGUGCAUCAAUUGUACCAUCUGUGAAUUAAAAUGUACAUCGUAUUUCCAACACA